AUGCUGGAGUGGGUGUAUAUAGAGCUGAUUGGCACAGGGAUUUGUGUGAGGAGUGGUGGGUCUGAAAUAUUAUCUUUGUUUUCUUUACAUCUGCAGGGCGGUCUUCAGGAAGUUGCUGAUCAGUUGGAUUUGCAGAGAAUUGGAAGGCAACACCAGGCAGGCUCAGACUCGCUGCUGACAGGAAUGGCGUUCUUCAGGAUGAAAGAGUUGUUUUUUGAGGACAGUAUUGAUGAUGCCAAGUACUGUGGGCGGCUCUAUGGCCUAGGCACAGGAGUGGCCCAGAAGCAGAAUGAGGAUGUGGACUCUGCCCAGGAGAAGAUGAGCAUCCUGGCUAUCAUCAACAACAUGCAGCAGUGAUGGCGGCGAGGCUCUGUAGGGCGGGCCUGAUCCCAGAGUGGUGCUUAUAUGCUGACUGUGUGUACUGACCUUCCUCCCCAAGAGAAAACGCUUCUUUUGAGCAAACUGUACCUACCAUCUGCGGUGACAGAAAGACUUCUGUUGUGUUGAAGACAAAACAAACAAACAAACGACGUCUUUAUUUUAGAUCCAGAAGAGGGGAGUUUACUCUGAAUUUGUAAACAAGUCUUCCCUAUUCCUCAUCCCCAAGCCUCUCUCCAGUUGCUUCCUGCCACCAGCAUCCAUGGCUCAUUUGACACCUUUUUAAAUAUCCAGGACAAGUCAGAAACAGACUAGUAAAAUAUAUAUAACUCUUUAUCUGUUGUCAUUCUUUUUCUUUUAAAUCUUGCUACUCUCUGAGGAUGAAGACUUUUUGAUGUGAUUCUCAGCUGAGCUGAGGGCUUCCAGGGAAAGUGGAACAAAAUGGUGUUUUUGUAAAGUGGGUUAUAGAUGUCUUUUCCUCCCUUCCUUUUUUUUUUUGAACUUUCUCUAGGACAUUUGCUUUCCUCACAUUUUGUUAGUCUCUAAUUAUGUGCUAUUAUGUGGAAAUGAAUUAGUGCUGAAAUUUUGAAGACCAGAUAAUGAAAACUUUUAUUAAAAACAAAAUUCUUCUGAAUCUGUCUACCCUUUAUUCAUGAGGAACUCCAGAAUGGGUAUUAAGUUAACCACUUUACGUGUCUUUAAGUCUGUGUUCCAUUGUGCCACCGAGAUUUGCUGUCACAUGUCUAUCAUUUGAAAUCAUUUUAAGUUUUAAUAUAAUAAAGUAUCUUGGAUUUGUUCCUGAAUGAAAUAAGAUCAGAAUUUUGGACCGUAAGUUUAUAUUUUCAGUAAUGUGAUUUCAGAUGGUCAUCUGUGUUUUUCCACGUCUCUUUGUUUUCCCUGCUUUUCCUUUCAGCAAACCUGAGGAGAAGUUAGGGAGACUGGUUACGUGAGUACCAGGAAUGUGAUGAGUCUUUAAGAAGAGUCUUUAAGAAGUUAAUAGUGGUACAUGUAAACAGGGCAGUAAGGAAUUUGGUUAGAGUUCUCUUGGAGUAAUAUCCCACAAGUGGGGUAGGAAGCUCAGGACUGUUUUUUGUUUUUUUUAACUGGUCAUUUAAAAAGUACAUUGUAUUGUUUUUUGAAUGACUACAGUAUGGACAAUUUAGAAAAACCAAAAACCCCUUUGAAAUGGUGGAAAUGAAACUGGUAACUCACUGAAGUGGAUGGAUAGUCUUGCAUUUUAAAAGCUUAUGGAAAACUCAAUUUCAAAUGAUUCGAAAAUGUCAAGUAUUAUAAGCUGGUAUUUAAGAUGCUUGUAAAUAUUAUUUAUGUUUUUAAUUUUGUAAAAUAAAGAUUUCUUUUUAACCACUGG